AUGUGGGGCACUCGACGUGCUCCUGUGCUUCAAUGGCGCUCCUGUCACGUAUCGGUCUCAACGACUUUGUCGUCAUCCGCUCGGAAGCCUCUGAAGCUCUAUGUGAUUGCUGGCGAAGCAUCGGGCGACGCGAUUGGCGCCAAAGUUGUUCGGGCGCUGCAGCGUCAACAGCCGUCACGAGCUCUGGCCGUUCGAGGAAUUGGCGGACCACAACUGUGUGCGGCAGGAGAGUUCACGUCGCUCUUCCCAAUGCACGAGCUGUCGUACAUGGGGCUCGUGGAGAUUGUGCCGCACCUUUGGCGCUUCCGGCGGCGGAUCCGAGAUACGCUGCGUGACAUUCAUCAGUUCCAGCCCGAGUUGGUGCUAACGAUCGACUCGAAAGGCUUUGCGUUCCGAGUGUUGAACGCUCUGCACGUGGACGAGCGAACAACGGGUCACACGCGCAGUAAAAAGGUGCAUUACGUCGCGCCGUCCGUUUGGGCUUACAAACACCGAGACGAGCGAGACGUUGCCAAGCUUCGACAACUGCUGGACGCGCUGUUUACGAUUUUGCCCUUUGAAGAGAACAUCUUUGACGCUCGUGAAUCGAACGAGCGCUUGGCAAGUGGCGAUUGCGACAAGCUCAGUCGACGAUCGUGGUGCCACUUUGUGGGUCAUCCGGCAGUCGAAGACUUUUUGGAGGCUACUGGUGCUUACGACAGCGACCAGCGCUGUUUAGUACCGCAGGACAACUGUGUGUUAUCAGGCAAAGUCGCAACAGGGCCCGAUGCAUUGCUUGAUAUGGGUAACUACGAUGGCACUCUGUUGUCAAAAGGUGGUCAGCAGUUCCAGAGAUUGGCAGCAAUGGGUCGUGAACCAAGAGCCCGAGCCCGAGCACGACAACAGUUCGGCGUUCCUGUCGACGCGUUUGUCAUCUGCGCUCUCGUUGGCAGCCGCGUGAACGAAGUGGAGAGGGUUUGUCGUCUUGUGCUUGACGCCGUCAAGCAAUUUCAGCAAGCGACGGACGUGCAGCGUGACCAGCAGCAGCAGAUCUACGUGGUCUUUCCCACGCUUUCAGUGGUUGCGGAACAAGUGAAUGCUCACAUUUGUGCUUGCGAUCAUGACAUCACUUGCCGCGUACUUACUGAUCUGGACGCAGCCACUCGGCUUCAGUUGUUUCAGAGCGCCGAUGCCGCAGUCGCCGUGUCCGGGACGAUCGUGCUCGAGACAACGUUGGCUGGCUUGCCCACGGUUGUUAUAUACCGGGCCAACUGGCUGACGGAAAGGAUCGUGCAAUGGCUAGCAGCAGUCCGGUUUGUAUCGGUGCCCAACCUUUUGCUCGGAAGAAUGCUGAUACCAGAGCUCCUAUUCAAACACUGCACGGCACCAAAGAUUGCCGACGCUUUGACGUUACUGCAGCGUGAUCCAGACAAGCAAAAAGACGCAUUGGAACUGGCAAUGGUGGCGAGCACUUUGACCAGGUGGCAGGAGCCUGACGAAGCUAUUGCUACAAGCAGUUUGCGACCGAUUCGGGCAAGUGACUUGGCUGCAAAGUCUAUUCUCGACAUACUUGCAGAAAAGGAAGCGCAUUGA